AUGGAGGUGAAGAGUUAUAUGCAGCAGCUACUCUCGGGCCUGCAGCACUGUCACGAGAGGGGGAUUUUGCACCGUGACAUAAAAGGAUCGAAUUUAUUGAUCGAUGAAUACGGCGUGCUUAAAAUAGCCGAUUUCGGAUUAGCGAAUUCGUAUCAGAAUAAACCGAAGCGGGCCCUCACAAGCCGAGUCGUGACAUUAUGGUACAGAGCACCCGAAUUAUUACUCGGCUCCACGGAUUACGGAGUUGGUAUCGAUUUAUGGAGUGCUGGUUGUCUUUUAGCUGAAAUGUUUGUAGGAAGGCCUAUUAUGCCCGGUAGGAACGAGAUUGAGCAGCUGCAUAAAAUAUUCAAGCUUUGUGGUUCGCCGUCGGAGGAAUAUUGGAAAAAGGUGAAGCCACCGGCAACUUUUAGGCCGCCACAGCAGUAUAAAGCUAAUUUUCGAGAAAUGUUUCCGUAUUUUCCCGAUUCGGUGUUUGAGCUUUUGGGAAGACUUUUAUCGCUCGAUCCAGCAUAUCGUGGAAGUGCUGCUUCUUGUCUCCAAAAUGAAAAAAUCAAAAUGCAAAUGAAAACAUAG